ACUAGCCCUUCCUCCCUCCCGGAGUCCCUGUAUCGUGCCUCUCCUGGUAGCACCUUACUGCUGGGUAUGAAGAGGUUGUCUGUGCUGCUGGUGGACUGCAGGAAAACAACGGGGCUGAGUGGAACUGUGAGAGGAGGAGAAGAGAAGAAAGGAUCAGAUUUGACACACCAAAGAGAAAGACCUGACUCAGAUGAACCAGAGCCAGGGACGUCCAAACCAGCAAGACGACACCAGUGCUCCCACUGUGGAAAGCGUUUUAACCAGAAAGCACACCUGAAAGCUCAUGAGAGAAUACACACAGGGGAGAAGCCUUACCACUGCUCCCAAUGUGGAAAGUGUUUCAAACGGCCUUUUCAUCUGAAACAGCAUGGGAGAAUACACACAGGAGAGAAGCCUUACCACUGCUCCCAAUGUGGAAAGUGUUUCAACAAGAGAGGACUCCUGAAACGGCACGAGAGCGUACACACAGGAGAGAAGCCUUACCACUGCUCCCUAUGUGGAAAGCGUUUCAACCAGUCGGGGGAGCUGAAAAAGCAUGAGAGAAUACACACCGGGGAGAAGCCUUACCACUGCUCCCAAUGUGGAAAGUGUUUCAAACGGCCUUUUCAUCUGAAACAACACGAGAGGAUACACACAGGGGAGAAGCCUUACCACUGCUCCCAGUGUGGAAAGCGUUUCAACCAUUCAGGGAAGCUGAAACAACAUGAGAGAAUACACACAGGAGAGAAGCCUUACCACUGCUCCCAAUGUGGAAAGUGUUUCGUCUGUUUGGGGGGCCUGAAACGACACGAGAGAAUACACACAGGAGAGAAGCCUUACCACUGCUCCCAGUGUGGAAAGUGUUUCGUCUGUUUGGGGGACCUGAAACGACACGAGAGAAUACACACAGGAGAGAAGCCUUACCACUGCUCCCAGUGUGGAAAGUGUUUCGGCCGUUCGGGGGCGCUGAAACGGCACGAGAGAAUACACACAGGAGAGAAGCCUUACCACUGCUCCCAAUGUGGAAAGAGUUUCGUCCGUUCGGGGGAGCUGAAACCACAUGAGAGAAUACACACAGGAGAGAAGCCUUACCACUGCUCCCGAUGUGGUAAGUGUUUCGCCCGUUCGGGGGAGCUGAAACUACAUGAGAGAAUACACACAGGAGAGAAGCCUUACCACUGCUCCCGUUGUGGAAAGUGUUUCGUCCGUUCGGGGGCGCUGAAACGGCAUGAGAGAAUACACACAGGAGAGAAGCCUUACCACUGCUCCCAAUGUGGAAGGUGUUUCAACCAGUCGGGGGCGCUGAAACAACACGAGAGAAUACACACAGUAGAGAAGCCUUACCACUGCUCCCAGUGUGGAAAGAGUUUCGAGCAUUCAGGGACGCUGAAACAGCAUGAGAGAGAACACACAGGAGAGAAGCCUUACCACUGCUCCCAAUGUGGAAAGUGUUUUGUCCGUUCAGGGGAGCUGAAACUACAUGAGAGAAUACACGCAGGAUAGAAGCCUUACCACUGCUCCCAGUGUGGAAAGUGUUUCAACCGGUCGGGGAAUCUGAAACAACAUGAGAGAAUACACACACAAAAAUACGCUCAUACUGUGGGAAAACAUAUUACUCAUAAGUCACUUAAACGUCAUUAGAGAAUCCACACAGGAGAGAGAAAUUACUUCUCUUAGCGUGUAUAUUGAUAUUUCACAUCACAUUGACUUAAAAUUCAUCAGAGAACAUACACAGUGCUCCCGUUGUCUUAUAUUGUUGACUGACAAUGUGUUUACCUGUCUUUACCAGAUGAAAUUAAAUGGUACAGGGUAUACUCAAACAUAUAUUUGUUUGUUUUUAUUAGAAAACAUGAAUUGAAUAUGGAGUCUGUCAGUUUGAAUAUAAAGAAGAUCAGGUUCCUUCUUUUAAACUGUCCUUUUUUAAAACUCUUUGUGUGUGUUUAUCUGGGUGUGUCAUUCCUCCAGCACUACAGAUAAUCAAGUGAUAUUUGGAUGUGAUGCAUUAGUUCCAUUGUUGACAUUUGCAUUGUUGGCCCACUGAUGAUUUAAUGAAAUGAAAAUGUUCAGACUCUGUAAUGGAAAAUGUUAAUUGUUUGUGUGUCCACAUAACUGAGUAUGUGACUAACCUUGUGAAACUGUCCUAUUAUAAGCUCUUGUUCUUGGGAGUAUCAUCCUGUGUUGCAAACCAAUUUGCACCUGUGUCCUUGUAUGAAUAAAGUCCCUCCCAGGAACAGGAAACCAUAAAGAUAUGUGCUAAUCACUCAAUGCUUCAGGAAUUCAGACUGUCUACACUGCGCUGUGUAACUCUGUUAUUCUCUCUGAGCUCAGAAAUAAAGAAUCUUGGUUUGACUUGGA